AUGGGGAUGGGUGUCGGAGCUGCUCCCGAGGGAUUUAAACCUUCGUCCGGCGUCUUUCCUGUAGAGGUGCUGGGAGGCAGCUUCAUAGACAGAAUUGUUUCAAAAGACUUGUGGACCUGCUUGUUGGAACGGUGGUAUGUCUGCAACACAGAACAGUUGUCUGAAUCCCUUCAGCCUAUUUUUGUCCAGAGUUACCUUGACCAAGGAACACAGAUCUUCUUAAACAACAGCAUUGAGAAAUCAGGCUGGCUUUUUAUCCAGCUCUAUCACUCUUUUGUGUCCUCAAUUUUUAGCCUCUUUAUGUCUAGAACAUCUAUCAAUGGGCUGCUGGGAAGGGGCUCAAUGUUUGUGUUUUCCCCAGAACAAUUUCAAAGACUGCUUAAAAUAAAUCCAGAAUGGAAAUCCCACAGACUUCUCGAUUUAGGGGCUGGGGAUGGAGAAGUCACUAAAGUCAUGAGUCCUCACUUUGAAGAAAUCUAUGCCACUGAAUUGUCUGAAACUAUGAUAUGGCAGCUUCAGAAGAAGAAAUACAGAAUGUAUCUCUUUCUCUUUCUUUUUUUUUGGCAAAACACAGGAUUUCAGUAUGAUGUUAUCAGCUGUUUGAAUUUGCUGGAUCGCUGUGAUCAACCACUGACUGUAUUAAAAGAUAUUAGAAGUGUACUGGAGCCAACUAGAGGCAGAGUCAUUCUAGCAUUAGUUCUGCCUUUUCACCCAUAUGUGGAAAAUGUAGGUGGCAAGUGGGAAAAGCCCUCAGAAGUUUUGGAAAUCAAAGGGCACACUUGGGAAGAACAGGUGAAUAGCCUGCCAGAAGUUUUCAGUAAAGCUGGUUUUGCCAUAGAGGCUUUCACCAGACUGCCAUACCUAUGUGAAGGUGAUAUGUAUAAUGACUACUAUGUACUAGAUGAUGCUGUCUUCGUCCUCAAGCCAGUGUAAGCAUGUAUGAAGUAAAUCUCCAGAAUCUAACCCAAGAAGCAGCCUCUGAAAGAGGAGUUUGAUUUAUGAUUACUUAAAGAGAGGGAAUUCGGGGAUUGCCAUGCUAAAUAAGUACCAUGUAAGAAAUUUAAAGGCCAAAAUACUAAUGUAUUUCUUUGUAGUGCGAUUAGGAAAAAAAGGUUGUUUUUUUAAACAGACUCUUCAGUUGAGAAUUUCUUUUUUACCGGCUCUUAAACCAACAACGCAUUCUGCAAUCC